AGUACAUUUGGCUAUCAGCUGUUUAGGCAGUGAAUGAAAAUAUAAGACAGUUUAUAAAUUAACAAAUUUUCUUAAAAAUAAACAACAAAAAAUUGGCACUGCUACUGUUGCAAUUUAUUUGCUAUUUACUGGAAUUAUUCUAGAUGUCUACAGAGUAAAAGAAGUAACAACUGUGCAAAGCCAACAUGAGCUACGAAGACGAUGACUAUCAUGUGGAUACAUUUCCCAAAGAGUAUGGUUAUGGCGCAUUCGAUCAGGAUGGUCUCGACUCCACAGGCAUGUGUUCUGAUUCAGAUUCGAAACCGCGCAUUCUUUUGAUGGGUCUAAGACGGUCCGGCAAAAGCUCCAUACAAAAAGUGGUCUUCCAUAAGAUGUCGCCCAAUGAAACACUGUUCUUAGAAUCCACCAGCAAAAUAGUCAAAGACGAUAUAAACAACUCCAGUUUUGUUCAAUUCUCCAUUUGGGAUUUUCCCGGCCAAAUCGAUUUCAUAGAUCCCACCUUUGACUCGGACAUGAUAUUUGGCAAUUGUGGAUCGCUGGUCUUUGUCAUCGAUGCAAAGGACGAUUAUAAUGAAGCUUUGACAAAAUUCAAGAACACAGUCAUUAAGGCGUACAAAGUUAAUCCUCGUAUUAAAUUUGAAGUUUUUAUACAUAAGGUUGACGGCAUCAGUGAUGAUACAAAAAUGGAAUCACAACGUGAUAUACAUCAAAGGGCCUCCGAUGAUCUAGCCGAUGCUGGACUCACACAAAUUCACUUAAGUUUUCAUUUGACUUCCAUUUAUGAUCACUCAAUAUUUGAGGCAUUCUCGAAAGUGGUACAAAAACUAAUACCCCAAUUACCGACAUUGGAAAACUUGCUCAACAUCUUUAUAUCGAAUUCUGGCAUUGAGAAAGCAUUUCUAUUCGAUGUGGUAUCGAAGAUAUACAUAGCGACAGAUUGUUCACCGGUGGAUAUGCAAAGUUAUGAGCUAUGUUGUGAUAUGAUUGAUGUUGUCAUUGAUUUGUCGAGUAUAUAUAGCUCCGAAGAGGAUGCUUUCGACAAUCAAAGUUCUAGUCUUAUCAAACUCAAUAAUAAUACAAUUCUAUACCUACGAGAAGUUAAUAAAUUCCUGGCAUUGGUUUGUAUAUUGCGCGAGGAGAAUUUCAAUCGGCAGGGUGUUAUCGACUACAAUUUCUUGUGUUUCCGUGAUGCCAUAAGUGAAGUUUUUGAAUUGCGCAUGAAAUCCCAAAAGCUUCCCACAGUCGAUGAGCGUCAAGAGUAUCUUAUGAAUGGCGUUGAAGAUUCCGACGAUGAGAACAUGGAUGAUGACGAUGAGAAUCUGGUGAACAGUCGGACAGGGAAAAUAGUCUAAUUUAGAGCGAUGAAAAAUGAAAAAAAAAAACUGUUUAUGUUUGUGACUCUACUUUUAUUCGCUCUUCCCCUUUAUCAAAAUUACCACAAAUGAUUGCUUUACUCUAAGCCUGGCAAUUGGCAUUUUUCCACAAAAAAAAGUUUAUAAUUAAAACCUAAAUUGGUGUACACUUGCUUAUGUUUUGUUAAUUUUAUCUGUUUUUGUGCCUUUUAUUGUUAAUCACUUAUUUUUGCUAAAAAAAAACAAGAA